AUGUCAGUGCUAGCUGAGCACAUCUAUUUUGAAUCGGCCUUGGAGCGCGCAUAUGGCGUGUCGGAGGUGACGAAGACGGGGCCUUCGCCAGAAGUCAUCGAGAGGAUUAAGAAGGCCAUCGCGGAGGCCGAGACCAUCGAGGAGGUCACGCGCCUCGAGAAGGCCCUGAAGAGCGGCGUGCUGCCGGGCGACCUGAAAGACCCAGGAGAAGGAGGGCUCGAAGGCCCGAUGCCCAUGGACAUGGCCUAG